ACUGUUGAAAUUCCGCAGCACAAGUUGCAGAAGAAGGUCAAAUCCAUUCAGAUGUUCAGGAAUCCCGUCGAAGCGAUUGGACCGGGAGACCGAGCUGGCAUCUGCGUAGCGCAACUCGAUGCCGGCGUCAUGGAGCGCGGCUUCUUAGUCCAACCCGGCAGUCUGCUGCCCUGUUCUGCCUGCCUGCUUUCUGCCGUCACCAAGAUUGGCUACUUCAAGUCGACGGUGCGCAGUAAGGGCAAGUUUCAUGUGUCUGUCGGGCAGGACACUGUGCUCGCUACAAUUACCUGCCUCCUAGCCUGUACACCCACCCCAGCCGGUGGUGAACCGCAAGAAUUUCAAUACCUUGAUAUGCUGUCUGAUGUGAAUCAGGAUGGUUCUACUGACGGGCCAAACAAUACCUUCAUGUUGCUACAGUUCGACUCACCCGUUGUGGUACCUGUGGGUGAGCUAGCCAUUGGUUCUCGCCUAGACACAGAUCCCCUUGCACCCUCGUGUCGAUUGGCCUUCCACGGAAAAGUCCUCAAUACCUUCCCUACAGCCGACCUGGUGUCCUCGCUUCCGGUUUAUCGGCGGAAAUCUCGCGCGGGUGAAGUUGAACGCGUAACCGACAGUCGCAGUUGCAUUGUUCGUGGCCUCUUCAAGCGGGAGACGAAUUUUGAUAUAUUCCAGGGCCUGAAGGUCCAUGUCCGUAGUGCUGCCGCCGAUGCCGGCGACGCCCCUGUCGAAGCAUUGGACAUUCCGGGUGUGAUUGAGGGCAGUUUCGGGCUCAGCGGGAAAUGCCGUGUUCGGCUGUUAGAGGAUCUGCCCGACAGCCUUGUUCAGAAGUUUGGUUCGAAGGGCAGCAAGAAAGCUAACGCUGGCGCCGGCGCCGCCGCAAACACUGCCGAUCUGCAAAGCCUUUCAGUCAUUUUGGAGUUCAAGAAACAUGUUUUUGAUCCGAAGAAACGUUUUGUCCAAUAA